CCCGUUUUCACGAAAAUCCCACCUUCUGCUCGAGGAUUGGGACACCAUGGCGUGCCGAUAGCUAUUAACCAAUCCCAAACAGAAUCUGGUACAGGAUUAACCAAUGAAACAGCAGAGGCGGGAUUUGACGUAAUACAGAUUUCCUGUGUGAAUGUUUGUCAACCCCCCGAUCCUACUCAUACAGUGAUGGAGAGGCUUCGUGUUGUUCACACAAGGCACGAUCUACUGAUGCCGUCUUCUCCUCUUUAACCCACUUUAACAGUGUGUUCUGACCUUUAUGGACCUCAUGGCCUCUAGUUACACUGCUCAGUUGGAUGACUCGGCAGAGGUGAAGGAGGGCUUCCUCUGCCCGCUGUGUCUGAAAGACCUACAAUCGUUCUACCAGCUGCAGGAUCACUACGAAGAAGCGCACUCCGGAGACAACCGCCAAGUCAGCGGCCAGCUUAGAAGCCUGGUGCAGAAAGCAAAGAAAGCAAAAGACAAACUCCUGAAACGGGAUGGAGAUGAGAGAACAGAAAGCAGCUAUGAGUCCUUUUACUAUGGAGGUGUCGAUCCCUACAUGUGGGAGCCUCAGGAACUGGGAGCCACUCGGAGUCACCUGGAACAUUUUAAGAAACACAGAGCUGCUAGGAUUGAUCAUUAUGUCAUUGAGGUCAACAAGCGCAUCAUCAGGCUGGAGAAGCUCAUUUCUUUCGAUAGAACUAAUAUGGAUGGUGGGAAAAUAAGAGCACUAGAAAAAUCAGUCGUGCCAUGGGUGAGCGAUCAGGACGUACCAUUCUGCCCCGACUGUGGUGAAAAGUUCGGCAUGAGGAAUCGGCGUCAUCACUGUCGUCUCUGUGGAUCAAUAAUGUGCAAAAAAUGCAUGGAAUUUGUGCCUCUUCCUUUGGCAUAUAAGUUAACAAGUGGCACACGAGAGGCCUUGUGUGUCCCUGGCAGUCCCAGACAGGGUGUGUCCCCUGGUGGAGGAGGCCCCACAAUGCAACAUACCUCACGGCGCGGCUCCAUCACCAGCCUCUCAUCUGUAAGCUCCGUACUUGAGGAAAAAGACGAAGACAGAAUUCGUUGCUGCCAUCACUGCAUGGAGGCUCUGCUCCGUCACCAGCACAAGCUGGAGGAGAAAGACCAUGUGCCAGAUAUUGUCAAACUCUAUGAGAGGCUUAGGAUGUGCAUGGAAAAAGUGGACGAGAAGGCGCCAGAAUACAUCCGCAUGGCCGAGUCCCUCAACGCUGGCGAGACCAUGUAUAACCUCGAAACUGCUGGUGGCCUCCGGAUAGAGGUGCAGAAAUACUACGAGCACAUUGAUGCUCUAAGCAAGAAGAUUCUAACACUUGGACUAAAAGAUGAGGUGCCACCACAUCGGAAAGCAGUCCAGCUACAGAAGAUGGUUCGCUACUCAGCGACGCUGUUUGUGCAGGAGAAGUUGUUGGGUCUGAUGUCUCUUCCAACAAAAGAGAAAUAUGAGGAGCUAAAAGAGAAAAGGAAAGAAGAACAGGAAAAGAAGCUCCAGCAGGAGAGACAGGCGGCUCUGGAGGCACAGAAGCGUCGACUGGAAAUUGAAAAGAACCGUGCAACCCACAGUGCUAACGGAGACGCACAUCGCCCCUCACUAGGCCCUCGCAUGACUAAAGGUGGCGGCUGGUUGCCCUCCUCGACCUCUCACUCCACCAUCGAACUGGAUGACCCACUGCUGCAGCAGAUUAACAACAUUGAAUCGUUCCUCCAGCAGGCACGUGCAGCAAAUCGCACAGAUGAAGCAGCCAUGCUGGAGGAGAACCUGCGACAGCUUCAGGAGGAGUUUGACGCUCAGCAGAUGAGCCAAGCCAUUGAGAUCUCACAACGUCAAGCCCAGGAAGAGGACCUACAAAGAAGCCAGAUCCUUCAUCUGCAGCAGAAGGAGCUGGAGAGCAAAAUGUCCAAAAUAGACUUCUCAGAUCUGGGGGAUUUAAAGGAUGUCAAAGAACACUGGGAGAGAGAAGAAGAAGGGUGGGAUUUGAAAACAAAUCCACAACACAAGACUUUAUCAAUAAACUCAUUUCCGCGUUUGCCGGGAAAUUCGCCACCUUUACAGAGCGAUGAAUGCACUACAACUCCCCCUAGUGGAGAGACUUCACUAAAUCCAUUUGAUGAAGAUGAUGCCACUCCGGUUGAGGAAGACUCCACAAACCCUUUUAGUGAAGAGAUCCAGAAAGAGCAGCGGAAAGCUGUUGAGAAACCCAAAGAAUACAACCCAUUUGAGGAAGGUGAGGACGAGGAAGUAGACACUGGGAAGAUAGGUUCUUCCAGGAACCCCUUCGAAGAUGAUAUUGAGAAUAAUGACAAAAGUAACCCAUUCAAAGACACAUCAGACGAGGCGCCAUCUGCCUCGACGAAUCCCUUUGAAGAUGAUGAUGACACACCAGCGCUGGAUGACAUAAUAGAGGAAGAGCUCUUGCUUCAGCAGAUCGAUAACAUCCGUGCUUACAUAUUUGACGCCAAGCAUAAUGGACGUACAGAUGAAGUGGAGUUGCUGUCCCAAAACCUGAGGGAGCUACAGUGCACUUUACAGGAGCAGAAAAGAAAAGCACACUGACCCCUGGUGAUUUUUGUCCAUCAUACAAAUUCUGGUUUUCUUCGAUUGGGAUCAAGAAGGAAAGAUUUAAGUGUUUAAAGUUUUGCCAUUUGUUUCGGUUACUAGUACUGGCGUUUGGUAUGCACUUAUAUCUGAGAGACUAAAGCAGGAUGGAUAAAACGCUGACAUAGUGGGUAACAUUUAUACAUAGCGUGUCUAAUUUUAGUCAUACAUGAACAAAACAUUGGUCUAUGUUAUUAUUUUGGUUAUGUUAGAUCAGAAAUAAUCUUUUAGGUCUAAUAUUCAUUGGGCCUCAUUUAUCAUUCUCAGUGAAAUGUGUGUGGAAAUGUUCUCGCAGGUCAAACCGAACUACAAAUGUUUGCCAGAUCUUUGGAAACACUAAGGUUCGUCAUGCUAACAUGGGCAUGUUGAUAAAAAUCCAUUUACCCAUAAAUUUCCAAAUCCAUUCAUAUAUGAGACGAUUUACACUCAGUGACACCAAAGCAAUAAAAGGAAGCAUUUCUGUGAAUACGAGUCAAAAAUUAUCCGCACUCUGGCUGUAGAAUUUAUUUUAAUUCACUUAGAAAAGACUUUUCGACGCAAUCCCCUUGCUUUUCAAUUCACUUUGUCCAUAUGCCAACAAGCCUUUGUAUUCCCUCAAUCGAAAAUUUUUUUUAGUCUGAGCUGCAAGACAUGAAUGCACAAUGUUUUUACGUCUUUAUCGGAAAUGAUCCGUCCAGUCCUUGUAGAGCUGCUUUCCAGGGACCAAACAGGUCAAAGUUCGAUAGAGCAAGAUCAAGACUAUAGGGAGGAUGCUUUAACACCUGAAAGUGAAGUUUUUGCAGAGAAGUGUCGACAGUGUGGGCAAAAGUGUGAGGAUGUGCAUUGUGCAAGUAUAGACUUGAGCACUUCAAAAAGCAUCUCACUAUAAUGCGCACUGCUAAUUUUUGACUCACUCGGUUGACGUAGUAGCCCUUUAAAAUUUUUGCUCUACUGCCAUUUUCCUUUGCCCCCCACUUGCGGAUUAGCUUACUACUCAUGCAGAGUUCCAGAAGGUGUGUAAUGUAUGUUGUUUUUACAGUUGCAUUUGUAUUCUUCAGUGGAGACCAUAACAGACUUAGCUUAUCAUUUAACAGGGUUUUUGUCCAAAGGAGUUGCACAAAAUUGGCAUAAAAUUACUUAGUAAUUGAAAUAAAUAAGCAAUUUAUACCAGCAUAUAAAUUAUACUUUAUAAGGAGACGUGCAAAUCAAACUGGGACUGCGAAUGAGGGCCGUAAUACCCAUUGACGUUUACAGAAGCCUUCAGGACCUCAGUAAAACAUGUGAACAGUGCAAAUGUUUUAAAGAAGGCUGUACGUCUGUGAAUGACGAUCCCAGCUGAGGUGGCUUGGAGCCCAUUGGCGUUAUUCCCGCUUAAAUUUAGCAAGUAAAACGCCUUAUACUUGAAAAUCGACUGAUGAAUGUGUGCUGUUAUUCUGCACCAUCAAAAUUCCCGGUCGCACUUGAACUCCCAUCGUAUAUAAAAAAUACGGUAUUUAAUAAGUUAUGCAGUUUAAACUAUCAUUAAGAAUCUCCUUUAGCAUAUAAACCUACACAAACUUACUCCUGCAAAAGACUUCAUACGCAGUUUGAUAAAUGAGGCCCAUUAUUUGGUAACACUGCUUACAUUGAAACUGUCAGCCAUAAACACACACAAAUGUUAGCACAGGGAAAGUUAGGGUUGACAUCAGGUUUCCUCAUAAUCCAUAUUUUAUAGCUAAUAUAAAAGGGUCUUCUUACUAUAACACUAUUUUCAGCAUGUCAAAAAUGUUGCUUUCUUCAAGGGCUGAACAACAGGGCUAAAAUACUCUCACUCACUCAUCUUCUAUACCGCUUUAUCCUGUAUUCAGGGUCGCGGGGACCUGGAGCCAAUCCCAGGAGGCUUAGUGCACGAGGCAGGGUACACCCUGGUCAGGGUGCCAAUCCAUCGCAGGGCACACACCCAUCCACACACUAUGGGCAAUUUAGGAACGUCAAUUAACCUAACCUACAUGUCUUUUGAAUGUGGGAGGAAACCGAAGUACCCAGAGUAAACCCACCAAGCAAGAGGAGAACAUGCAAACUCCACGCACACAGACGGGAACCGAAUCCGGCCCCUGGAGGUGCAAGGCGACAGUGCUAACCACUACACCACCAUGCCGCCAGCUAAAAUACUGUCAUCAUUAUAUUCCUCCUUGUAAAUUUAACAAGUCUGAUUACAAAGUUGCUCACACAGAACAUCUGAUCAGUCCAGAUUGCUUGCUUGGUAGUUCAUUGGUAUGACAGGACAUUACUGCUACACAUGGGGAAACAAAAAUCUUAUUAGCAUCUUAUUAUUGUCAGCUGCACCAUUUAUUAAAACCAAUUUAUAACUGUCUUUUUCAUAAUGAGAUGUUAACCUUUUAACUCAAUUAUUUCUAAUAGUUUAGAUGGUUGAAGUAGUAAGAAGAUGCCUUCUUAAAAUAUAAUAACAUUGAUCAUGAUUUUUCCCUUGCAUAGCAACAAGUAAUCUGUGAUAUCAUUGGUGGAAAGGUGAACACACUUUACUUAGCAAUUGUUCUACUGGGAAUAGGUGAUGUACACUGCCUGGCCAAAAAACAAAGUGGAACAUGCGCACACAUUUCUUUCGACUGCUUUUAGCUUUGAUUGCGGCCUGCAGUGUAGUGGCCAGUUCAUGUGUGAGCCAUUCUUUCACAAACUGAGCCAUAAAAUAUCCCUGUGCACUCCAGGAAGAAAAACUCCAUAGAUGUGAUAACCUUGUCAUUCAGUACAUUCCGUUCAUCUGCUGGCUUUCUUUUAGCACCUCAUAGCAUAAUUGAACCUAGACUUGACCAACUGAAGCAACUCGCGAUUAUAACACUGCUUCAGAGGCUUGUACAGUGGACACAAUGCAUGAUGGCUGCAUCGCUUCAUGUGCUUCCGUUCCAUUCCAUGACCUUUUACCUUUUUCAACUGCUCCAAUCUUUAUUCUUUAUAUCUGCCUAGUAAAUUGAAGCCAAUGUUUUACAAUGCAGUUUCACCAAGCAUUUAAGUGAUCUCCAUUUAUGAUCAUUUGUUUUUCCAAAUACAUUUCUCCAAUGUAUACUUCCAGUUCCACAGUAUACUUCCAGGUGUUGGAAAGUUAAUAUAAUAAUCAAAAAUAGAUAAUCAAAAUCCAGUCCAGCCGGAGUCUACUCUAAGUCUUUGCAUGAUGCAGGCCAAUAAUUUAAUGCUUUUUUUUUUUUUGGACAGGCAGUGCAUUUUCCAGAGUACUGAUCAAAGGAUCUGUAUUACUUAAAUCGAGCAGUUGUGUAGGAUUUGUAAUACUAAUUUGAUAAGGAUUUAAUUUCAAGAUCUACAUACCUGCUUGUGUGUAGACAAUAAAUAAUUUCAAGUUGUUUGCAUAAAUGCAGAUUUUCACAUGUAAAAGUCAGCCAAAACUCUGACCCUUUUAGUCAUUUGAUCAACCUAUCAAAUACACACAUUACCCCGCAAUUCAGCUAACUGUCGUUGCACCUGUGUUAAUAGGUUUCUUCUUGCUUUUUGACUUGGUAUUCUACAGUCUCUAAAGCUCUGUGUUGGAUGUCUGCUUAAAUCUUUUAUCUACACUUUAGUUACAAAAUGGAUGAUAUGUUUAACACUAAAUCAGUUCUGCACUGACAGGUCUAUCAUACACUCUUAGAGAGAAUCACAAUACAACGUACAGAGUUUUAUUUAUCAUGACUACGCAGUAUUUCAAGCGACCUGAUGGAGUACCACUAAAGACUUGUCUGCGCAGACCAAAUGCUGAAUUUUUGUUUGUGAUAUUUCUCAGACACUUUGGCAUUAAUUAUGUGUUCGUGGCUAACGUCAGUGCAAAGUCUGUUAGCAUUUCAGUAAUGAAGCCUGUUCAUAUUCAGAAUGCAAACACUGCACUAAUAAAAACAACAAAGUAACUGGA